GUGUUACUAAAUCCGCUCUUCAUGCUCUGCUCGAGUACUGUCGUGAGACUGGCUUUCCAUGGAGUUCCCAAUCGUCUCAUUGCGAAAUGCUUUGACGAACAACACUCUCCUACCCUGCGCACCACCAGCAUGCCCCAUCUAUGCUUCUUCGUUGUGUCCUAAAACAAUGGAGGUCCUUCACAAUUCCUGACACAAUAUCAGUAGGAGACUCACACGACCCCGCUUGGCUCGACAAAAAUUGAGGUCGAAAUGUCGGGAAUCGAGAUUGGCAUUGCUGUGGUUGGGGCGGUAGCAGCCCUUAUAACAGCGUAUAAAGAUGGAGGAAGUAUUGUCAGUAACAUAAAGGAACGCCGCAAGGCCAAGGGUGCCUUACCUCCCAGCAUUGCCUUGGAGGAAUCAUUGCAAGAGGGGCAGGAAGAGAUUGAGAAAAUCGCAGCAAAGGGUAUCCAAAGGUUUGGGACUGAAUUCGAGCAAGGCGAUGAUAUCGCACAUCAGGCUCUACAGGCCCUUACUAUAGAGGUACAAGCAUCGUUCCUCCGUCAUCUUACCCUGGCGAGCAAAGACGACAACAUGACAGACUUUGAGACAUGUAUCGAUUCGGCGAUUGAAGCCAGGCUUAAAGCCGUGACCAUACUCAACGAAUUAUACAUUCGACAACAGAAACGCUCAAGUCUCCGUUCCGAACCAGACUUGUCAAUUUCACGACUCUCUCCACAUGAGGCAAAAGAACCUUCUAAAGACGCGGGAGAGUCGAGAGAGCUCAAGGAAUCAAAGAAUCCGGCAGACACGAAGAAGCGUAGUGAUACCUUGACAACUGAGGUCGGUACACCACCAAGCCCCAUGAGGUCGCGAAAAUCGUCAUGGAAAGUCUUCAAACCCCUGAAUCGCACCCCAUCCACGGAGGAGACGAAGGACAAUUCGAGUGCUCUCGCCAUUCCACGGUCCUCAACCUCCAAGAGCACCUCACCAAUAUUGUCUCCGCGGGCAACCAUGUCCUCUUCGCCCGGCUCGAUGAACCUGGGUGACCGUAGGUUGCAGAUCAUGACGCCCCCAUUGAGCCCGGCGUCCACCUUCUCACCUGCAGACGUGCUCACCGCUGCAGGGCUCUGUAAAGGCGCCUACUAUGUGCAGAAUGCUGUCUAUGACAAAGCACUACAAGUGGCUAUGAAGAAUUUACAGUGGGCCUGUCAUUGCCGCAAGUGCCCAUUCGCAACACCAGCCGACCGCGAUGAACGUGGUCGACCACGCUUCGACGAUAGCAUACACGAAGCAUCCAAGCUCCGUUUCCGAUCACUUCUUCUAUUCAAAUCUCACCUGGCACCCAACCAGAAGAAAGGACGAUUUUACAAAUGCUUGAUUUGUCUCCUGAGUGGCGAUUCGUCUUCCGCGUUUACAGGAGAACAGCAUCUGUUCGAGCACAUCUCCCACCAUCAAGGGGCGCUGAUUGACGAUGUUGAGCUGUACGGCCCUAUUUGCUUGGAGCCAACUGGGAUCAGGGCUGGAUCCGAAAGAACAUUCGACCUGUGCUUCUCGAAUAAUCCCAGACAUUCCGUACUUCCCAGCGCAAUCGAAUUGGCUGACACAGGCAUUGCCGAGGCUGAUAGUUUGGAAGUGGCGGACAACGAUGAUGAAGUGUACAGAAAUCAAUGGCUUGAUGAAGGACGAAGGUGAAUGUGGACUAGGGCACUUCUUGAAUAUGACUGGUAUGUUCAAUUGGCGGCAUUUUAUAGCGAACUAACGAUGUUUCACAAAUUUGAAACUGGCAGAUCAAUUGUACAUCGGAAGGAAUGAUUCUGCAUGUAGCGAUUGUCUUGGAGCAGAUGGGAAGCAGGCGAACAGAACAGAACAGAACAUCAUCCUAGUCAACGUUUUUACGCACAUGGAGCCAGGAUAAAUAUGCGCAACCAUGUGCCCUCGGUGCCUCAGGACUGUCUCAUUUGUGCUCGGACACAA